AUGCUAAGGAAGUGUCGGCAGUUCCGUCGCAUCCCCUUGCCAUCUACAGGUUUGGCUAUGGGUUCAUCAUAUGUGUUGAUGAGUGAUGGCGGCGAGAUAUCCGAUGUCGUAAACUCAAAGGCGGCUGGGGCCGAACGGUCAAGAACGGUGAUUGAUUCGUUCCGUCAAAGUAGGAGAUCCUUUGUGGCUGAGGAAGUCUCAAAGACGGCGCUCAAUCGCAUGAUUGGCUAUCAGAAUUGCCAUGUGUUGCUUUGGGCAUCCCUUGGUCGCAUCGAGUCUAGACCACUUGGCAUAACAAUUCUCCUCUUAAGGUUCGUUGGUCGAUCAAUAUCGGCCAAGUGGGAUAUACUAGAGCCCCUGUCCCAGCCGGAACUUCGGAGUGAUAUCCAGCAGGCAGCGGCAACUUGGGGGCUGGUUUUCCUCGAAAUGGACGCUUCACAUUUGCAACCAAAGCCCGCUGCAUCGAGCUCCGACUCCAUGUCGUCGAGUCCGGACCCGGCGGAUGGGCUUGCCCCGCUGCCGACCGUGAGGCGCGGGAAGAAGAGAAUCCCGGGAAUGUCUCCCCAGAUGGCCACGUUUUCUCUGGGGAAGCGACCACGAGUUAAGCGAAGUUGUGCAGGCAAAGUGCGAUCGGGCUGCAUUACGUGCAAGCGGCGACACAUCAAAUGCGAUGAAACUCGCCCCUUUUGUCUGAAAUGCACCAAGUCGCCUCGAGGGCCUGGCGUAUGCGAAGGCUAUGAGUUCCAGCAGAAGCAGCCAGAUCGUCAUGCCCAGCCACGCCAAAUCAUCUCCAAGGGAACUUGGAGGGUCUGGCCUGCUGCUGUCUUGAGGGAACCCGGCUACGAGUCCGCAUUCUUCAGCAAUCCGCAAGAGAAAGUCUACUUUGACUUUUGGCAGCACCUCGUGGCUAACAUCUACCUCUUCCCCAACGACAUCAUGGUCCGCGUCGUCCCGCAGCUCGCGCGUCGUGAGCCAGCGAUCAAGCACGCCGCCCUAGCCAUGGCCGGAAUGGCCCGCGCCCUCGUCCCAUCACUCAUCAGGCGGUCCCGGAAGGAACUCCACGCCAACGGACCGCACUAUGAGUUCGCUCUACAACAAUACGGCCGCGCGAUUAAGCUUGUGCGCAGUUCUCAACCAUCAAGCGAGAACAUGCUCUGGGCCAUCGUCUGCUGCGUACUCUUUGUCACGUUCGAGUGUCUCCACGGCGACCGCAACGCAGCACUGUCGCAUGUGAAUCAUGCUUACAAAAUGAUGGAGACCUACUUCAACCAGCGUUCAAUGGUCGAGGACGGUCCAGUGACGGACUCAAUCCGCGCAGUGUGCGACGAUGCUGCGUGGGUGUUUCAGGGUCUGACGAUGCAGGCUUGGUCGCACAACGUGCUGCACACCAAGGAUGCUUCGCAAAUCAGCUGGUGUUGUCGGGGCAGCAAACGUACUUAUGCGGUCGAGGAGAUGCCGACCAUCUUCACAGAUGUCCACAUGGCACGGCGUUGGUGGAGGGUCGUGCAGCAUUACACGUGUCAUAGAUGUCCCAUCUACACGGAAAUGUUUGUCGACGGACUUUCGAAGGAGAUGCUGGUGGGCAGUUACGUACGGCCGGCUCUAUCUCCGAGUCACCUGGAUGAGCUGGCCGCUGUGCUCCCUGAGUUCCUUGGCCAUCUACGACGUUGGCAAAAUGCCUUUCAAGGUGUCUACGACACCCUAAAGGCGAACCAGGAACACGAUUUUCACGCCUAUGUGGACGCCUGUAACUUGCGCGUACAGUACCUCACUCUCUGGACCGAUGUCUCAAGUCUGAGCUACAAGGAUAUCAAGAUGAUGAUCAUGAUGACGCCAUCAUUCCGCGAAAUGGUCCAGCUCAGUCGCAUCGUUCUGUCGGCGCAACAAAACUGCGGCGGAUGCACCGAGACUUUCAGUAUGGACAACGGUCCUACUCUGCCGUUGUUGAUUGUCGCGUGUCGAUGCCGAGAAGACAGCGUGAGACGAGAGGCGACAGAGCUGCUUGGCAAGUAUCAUCGUCGAGACGGACUUUGGGACAGUAGGGCUUUUCACAAUGUCGCACUGAAGAAUGUGGCGAUUGAGGCGGAAAACGUGAACGAAGGGGACGAUACGGAACAGUGGUCACGCAUGUCGAGACGCGAAGUGCGCUUCAGUCGCGAAGGGGAUGUGUCCGGCAGGAUGUUCAGAUGGCAGCCGGAUGUGAAGGAGUGGAAGCACGUUGAGGAAUCUUUGUCGAUGUCCAAAAUCGCGAAGCACGUAGCCCUGUUCGUUCAGAAGACUGCUCGUGUCGCAAGUCACCUAGAGCCGGACUUCAAACGUUUCUGA